AUGGCCUCAUCAAACUCACCGAACGGCGCGGACCGCCUCCCCGUCUAUGGGACGAAGGAGGAUGCCAAGGACGAGACUGCCGUGCUGGACUUUGACCGGCCUCGCCAGCCACGGGUCCAGACGCCCGAGCCCGAGGAGCAGCAUAACGGCGGGUUGACGCCCAAUGGUCCCGGCAUUCUUGGGCCCUUUGAUUGGGAUGAUUUCGAGGCGCGGUACGAAAAGGCGCUGGUCGAAGCGGACGAGCAGGAGCGAGAAAUUCUCAAAGAGGCGGAGAGCCUUGCCAAGUAUUUUCAAGUAUGGUCUUCGGCUGCCUCUGCUUACGACGAUGAGCGAGCGGUGAAGCGUCUGCAGACACGACAGCGGUUUGUCAAUAUCGCCGAAGAAAAGAUGGCCCAGCGGCAACAGCAUCACGAAGAAGUCCAAAGUCACUUCUCAAGCGAGGCGGCCGCUGAGUUUGGCCAUACUUUUAUAAGUCUUCCGCCGCAGGAGACCUUCGAGGCUCAACCAUGCGAGGACUGGUGGGAGGAGGAUGAAGAUGACGACGGCCUUGGAUACUACGAAGAUGGCGUCAAGAGAACCCUGACGGACGAGCAGAUUGCCAUUUUUCGUCACUCUGAGCUUCGAGAGCUCCGCCGGCAACAGGAAAAGCAAGCCGGAUCCAAAGCGCCAGAGCGGCCGCAAGAUGCCUCUGCGAAUGACCGAGGAACUGCCUCGCCACAGGACUCAGGCGGCGCUGUCGGCUCUCAAGGCAAGAAGAGGAAGAGGAAGAAGUCAAAGGCGGUCAAGCAAGAACCCAAGCCGGACUUGCGGAAGCGCACCUGGGAUGUGGUCGAAGCAGGGCUCGAUUCUCUCGAUUACGACUGA